UGGGGUUUGUUGAAAUUGACAACCAAAUUCACAUCAGCAACCGAUUGAAUAUCGCUCACAUUUAGGAUUUUUGGAAUAUGUGUGCUGUUCACUGAUAAGGGAUUAGCGAAGAUGAUUCACAUAUGUGCUGACACUUGGGAUCAAUAACGUCAUCUUAAAAACAGAAGGAGCACCUGUUUUGAAUGUUUGUUCACUGUUUACAUUCUUGAUUCCAUCAUCGGUCGGCCAAAAGUGGACACACACAUGCAAACAUGCUUAAACAGAAAGAGAUCAUACAACUACUAGAAAUAUCGAACCUUCCAGGAUCUGUAAAGAGUAGAGAACUAGCAGCUGCACCAAAGGAUAUACGCAAGUCCUUGAUACAGUCUGGUGACAAGCAAAGUGAAGAUGUCCAGAUAAGUGCAGCCAUUGAGAUACAGCGGCGUGCGAGGGGAUACAAAGCCAGAUGCAAUGUGUAUGAUGCUAUAGAACCCAAGACAAGCAGCACCGCCGUCUACAGUGACAGCAAACAUCAUCUACAGCGACUGAAGGAUGUUGAAAACCUGCAGGACUUCAUCAGCAUUGAUGUUCACACAGGCGAGGGAGAAGAGCCACCCACUUCAGACAAGAUGAUGAUAGCUUAUGAAGAAUGUGUAAGGAAACUGAAGUCGGCUGACGUGGCACCUGAAGAGAUACCCACGUUUGAAGAGUUUAGUGCAGCGUAUCUCCAGAUUUGGGAGGGCAAAAAACAAGAACAGGAGGAGGUCCGGAAGGAGCCGGUUAUAGCCAGCCGGGGUUCAUCAAGGGCAACUAACUCACCAUCACAGCGCCUGCAACAGCGGCACUAUCAACACCAGCAGCGACAGGACAUGUCCCCACAGCUGUCGGACAAAACAGCCAUCAGCAUGCAGCAGAAAACCACUGUUGUGGUCAAGAAAAUACGAGAAGGGCCAAUACCGGACACAGAUGCUGUGAUAAUUAUACAGAGAGCUUGGAGAAGGCACAUUGAUGUCCAGGUGUAUCGUUACUAUCGAGACCUGAUCAACUUCCGGACCAGGGGAGAUCCAGGUCUCAUGCUGAGAUGCAUCAACCCCAAUGAGGCCAAGAUGUUGGAUUCGGCAGCAGGCAUCCAUGUGCGCUUCCGCCUCGCUGGGGAGAGAUUCCCUCCAAACAUCUACUACAAGAUCUUCACCCACCGCAACAUCGUCGACAUGUGUGCCAACAGCCCAAAAGAUUACACGCGACCAGAGGCCAAGCAUACCAAGGCCAAGGACAAACACACCAAAAACAGGCCAGUGAUUGGGCCGGGCGCAGACAAAGAUGGAUGGUAUCAGAGAGUUGAGAACAAUGGCUGGCGUCUAGUGUCUGAUCGUCUGAUCCAUCACAUUAUGUCUGACCCAGUCACAUGGCAGACAUCCAACAAGAAAUAUGAAUUCCACCAUGAUAAGUUGGCAAGGAAACAAGAUGUUGAGAAGAGGAGGAAACAGAAGAAGAUAAACUGGAUGAAGAAGAUGUACCAUGAUGGCAUGUUGAAGGCCAAGGCUGAUGACUACGAGACCGUGAAGCUGAUAGAGGGCGCUGCAGCUGGGAUGGUGGCGACCGUGGAAGCGUCCGGAGCAGACGCACUGGAAGAAUGGGAGGUGGACGAGCUGCUGGACUGGACCACCAGUCUCAACUUUGAUGACUACUGGACAACAUGGAAGGACCUUGCCACCAGCUCUCAUUCAGAGGCCAAAAUAUCUGACAGACUAAGAAUAGCCACAAACAGUAUGGACCCUUAUGAGUUCUCACUGUCAACUGGCCCGUCUCGCUUCCAGUCAACUCGGCAAUCCCACAAUACACCAGUGUCAAGCAGUUCAGGAACCAAGAUCCAUGUUCAUGUGAACAGCUGAGAACAUCAAGGGAUGAUGUCUUCACACAAUGUUUCCUGUCUAAAAACUGGAACGUGAUACAUCUGACAUUUCUUGGAGAACAGUUCAAGGAGGCAGUUAUUUUUGUGCAUGACUGUACUAUCUGCCAGUGUUCAAUAGGAAGGGACAACAGCUAUGUAAUGUUUCAUGUGAAGAUUAAUUUCUGACUUCUUCCACUUAUUGUGGAAUAAAGAUACUCGAAGUCAGUCAUUAAUUGACAUUCUACGGACCAGUAUAUUAAGCAUAUUGACUGACUGUAUACUUUGCACAUCUGCAGUGACAUUUUUGAAGUAUAAAAAUAAAUUACAGUGUGAUAUGACCAGGCAUGCUACAUAAUACAGUGGCACCUCCAUAAUCAAGACCUUGAUAUUCCAGAAACCUAUCUUAAACACCACAAGGGGUCCAACUGCAUGUUCCAAUUCUAUAAAGCCAAGACCUUUACUAUCAUCAUCUAAAUCAUUUAAUACUGCAAGUUUAACAUUCUUAAAGGAAAUAGGUUCAGCUUUUCAUCAAACUAAAAUGGUUCCUGGCUGAACUAUAGUGAUUAAAGAAGACAAAAAUGUCUUUUAUGGUUGGUGUUCAAAGCAUGGUCAGUACAGUUCAUGCUGUCCCUUCACAGCCUGGCAUUUAGGAAAGAGACAAAUGUGUCUACUUGGACUUGAGUGUUGAUCACUGUUGGUCAUUCAGCAGAAACCCUUGUGUGGAUUCUCAUCACUAUCAAUACCGUCGGCGUCACCAUCUUCCCAAACAUUCUUGGUGUACAUGAAGUCAUAUCUUGCUCAUAAUUAGGAACCAUGGUUCAUAUAUUCGAGCUUCUUACAAGCUCCAGAAGGCUUGUUACUUUUAAAAGCAAUGAAGCUAUGCCAAAUGAAGUUAGUUGGUUAACCAAACCUACAGUUCGUGUGUUGACCAUAAUUGUCAAAAAUAAUGAAAUUAGAGGUUAUUUUCUACCAAAAUUUAACUCAGGAAUUAGUUUCUGAUAAUUCUAAGAAAUACUGUUAAAUAAAGGUAAUCAGGUCAUUUGUAAAUACAAGUCAAAAUCAAGGUCAUAUGUAAAUAGAGGUCAAUUUCAAGGUCAUAUGUAAAUAGAGGUCAAUUUCAAGGUCAUGUAUUCAGGUCAGCCCAAAAGAUGGAUAUGAAGAAAGCAGUCUACACAAGCACCAAAUGAGCCCAGCUGCUAUCUCCAACUUCAGUUUUGUUUUAUGGGAUUUAUUAUGCCUAGUUCUGUGAACCAUUAGAGAAAAUAAACAGCCAAUCCUUCAGAAAAUGUUGCUGAUCUGGGACACUGGACUGGGCAUUUGUUUGAACAGCUAUGCCAUUGGAUUUAUACGAUGAUAAGAUUUACUGUAACAAACAAGGUCAGUUCUUUGAUCGUCAUUCUAGAAGUUAAGGAGAUGAGGAAUGAGGACAAUUUUUAUGGAUAGACAGCUUCUUUAUUCUGUAUAGGCGACGUUUCAACAUAGAUCCUAAUGUUGUCAAACAAGUCGAAACGUCCCCUAUACAGAAUAAAGAAGUUGUCUAUCCAUGAAACUUGUCCUCCUUAAACAAGGUCAGUUUGAUUAUUUAUAUGCUAUGGAUAUAUAUGGUUACGGUGUUAUUGAGUCUGUUGAAGUUUGAAAUAUACAUAACUGAGUGCCUGUUUGAUAUUCACUUUGCCCCAAAGAUGUUGAAUGUACUUAUCAUGAUUUGUUUACUUAUACAAAUGAAAUAAAAUGAUGAUUGCA